UGAGCAAGCCCAUAAGGCACAAGUCCAACAAAAUCAUGGCAACAUCUGGAGGAACUGGCCGCUCUCCCCUCAGCAUUCUGCAAGAUGAAAAUUCUCCCAGUGCUCCUGCCCCUCGCCAGGGGAAAAGGCACGUGUUGGGAGAGAACCUUGGGGAGAAGAAGGAAGUGACAGUGGAUCUGAGCAGGAGCCUUAAAUCUGGGAACUGUGCUUGGCAUGACUUGAACAAAGAGAACCAACAGUGUCCUUUUGUGGAGAACUAG